AUGAAGCUCUCCACCUCUGUUAUCCUCCCUCUUCUUCCUGCGCUCUCAACUGCGGCAGUGAUCCGUCGUCAGAACGGCGAUGGGCCACAAGGAGCCGCAGAUUCAACCCAGGGCGACCUUGGCGCGCGACCUCUUCCACGAUUUCCUUUCCCGGUUACCAAGUUUCCGGUACCGACUGAGACUGUCGUGCUCAAUGAGACCAUGUACAUUCAGCCUGGUCAGGUCUUCGAUGGACAGAUGAAGCGAUACGAGCGUGUAGAAGGGUCAUGCAACGAGCAGGCGGAAGGAACAGAUGCUGAUGCUGUCUUCAACCUACUACCCGGAGCCACGAUCAGGAACGUAGUCAUUGGCAAACACCAAAGCGAGGGCAUCCAUGCGCUAGGCGAUGCGUGGGUCGAGAAUGUUUGGUGGGAGGAUGUGUGCGAAGAUGCCCUUACGUCCAAGGGCCUCAACACCCAGCUCCGCGUCAUCGGAGGCGGUGCACGAAGCGCGACCGACAAGAUCUUCCAGGACAACUCGCUAGGUGGAAAGCUUAACAUCACUGGCUUUUAUGCCGAGACGUUCGGUACCUUCUACCAGUCGUGCGGCAACUGCUUGAACCAAGCGAAGCGCAAUGUUACCAUCCAGAAUGUCAUCGCCAUCAAUGGUACCAGGAUGGGCAUAAUUUCACCCAACUACGGCGAUGAGUACCGCAUCAAGGACGCCCAGGUCGCAGACGUCGAGCGCUGGGUUGAUAAGGAGAUCGGAAACAAUGUUCAAACUGUCCCAUAUACUGUCGGCACAGGUCCUGACGAGAAGUACGCGCUAUACAACCUCACCCGCGACCGCCUUACCGAUUUCGAAGGCGAGAUUCUGAACCAGUACACUCCGGAGGACCCGUAUGAGUGGCUAGAGAAGUUCUGGCCAGAGGUUUUUGUUUCCCCAUAUGAAGUCGAACACGGCAUCAAUCCCUUCAUUCAUGCUCCAUACCUGCCUCCAAGCACACCGCCGAGCGAGGAAAUCACGAGUACGGAACCGGCCAACGAACCUGAUAUCAUCUCUGAUCAGGCAUAUCAUAUUCGUCCCUCUUUAGCAGAUUUGGAGGAACAAGCAAACGGAGCAUUCUUAGGCCCAGAAUCGGAAGUACCUUCCGACUUCCGACCCCAAGUUGAUCCCACGGAUCACGGCCUUGUUUCUUCUCCUGCCACGCUUCCGAGCGAAGCAGACAUCGGCACAGCUUCAUUUCAACAACCCAUUAGUUCAGAAAGCACGCCUAUCACGAGUAUCUGGACAUCUCCCUCGAAUGACGGUACCACUGACACCGACUCGAGCGACUCCAUACUAUCUACGCGAAACGUCAAUUCUCACGUAGAUCAAGUUAUCCCGGCGCAUUCCUCACGCUUCCUCACACCUUAUAUCGAUUAUCAACACACAUCCGGCGAGCCUAUUCGGUGUGGCUACUGCGCUGAUAUAUUCAACCGUGCAGGCGACUUAAACAACCAUAUCCGCCGCAAGCAUAUAAGGAUCCCUGAGCCUGGUGGUUUUUAUUGUGGGUGGCAGGAUCUCGUCGAACCUUAUUCUGACUGGCAACCUUCUCGCCAGUCGUUUGCUUUCGACUUUGGAUGCGAAGCACCAUUGCAACGCAAUGCUGUUGAACCGGGCUUCGUGGACUAUCCCGAGUCAGCACCUCAGCUUGCACAUAUCCCAGUCGAUCCACCUUCCGACUUAAAUUCGCAUACCCUAGUUCCCUCAUACUGGGGCUUCGACAUGGACGACGAAGGGAUGCACACCGAGGAAGAUGUGAACACCUGGGCGCAACUCUCAUCUAGCGAAGAUACCGAGAAGAUCUACGUAUACCUCACCAUCCUCACCAUCCUCGCCGCCGAUAUCCUCGAGUCGGAUCUGAAGCUGGACCUCAAGGAGCAGUCACUUAGCUUCAAGGCUACCUCGACAUCCAAAAAGUGCACAUACGCCGUCGACCUCGAGUUCUUCGCCGAUAUCGACCCCAAUUUCCGCACUCCUCCAUUUUCCUUCGCCAAUAUGACUCCUAAUCCUUGGAGGCAUGAGGAAGAAGUGACACCCACUUUCCGUACGCCCAUUUCCGACACUCCGCUCAAUUCUGUAUUUUGCGACUUCGUUUCAGGACAUGAAAGAAUCGUUAUUCCCAUCUUCCGAUCCCGUCCCCUAUUCUAUGGACUCCACGCCGUUCGACUUGGCAUUGGUAGAUAUCGUCUACCAGGUCAACAGGCUCCGCCUGGAAUUGUAUACUCUCGUCGGAGCAAGACUAACUAA